ACAACUGUGGCGCCACAAAUCAGCUUAAACUCCACGCCACUUUCCUAAACUCCCUAUAAAUAUUUAAGGAAAAUACAGCAAGAGCAAAAUCAAAGUAAAAAUCUUAUUUAUUUUCGAAGCAGAGAUGUCGUGGCAGAGCUAUGUCGACGAUCACUUGAUGUGUGAGAUCGACGGAAAUCAUCUGACUUCGGCAGCUAUCAUCGGCCACGACGGCGUCGUUUGGGCUCAAAGCGCCACUUUCCCUCAGUUUAAAGUAGAAGAAAUAGCUGCGAUCAUGGAAGAUUUUGAAGAACCAGGAAAACUUGCUCCAACAGGACUACACAUUGGUGGCAUUAAAUAUAUGGUUAUACAAGGAGAACCAGGAGCUGUAAUAAGAGGAAAGAAGGGUGCUGGUGGAAUCACGGUGAAGAAGACGAAUCAGGCGUUGCUGCUCGGGAUAUACGAUGAGCCGAUGACGCCGGGGCAGUGCAAUGUGGUGGUUGAGAGGAUCGGCGAUUAUCUCAUCGAACAAGGCCUCUAAUUUCUAAAUUACUCUCAUUCUCGACAUGCUACAUUAUUUUUCUCUGUUUCAUUGGUGUGUUAUGAGUGCUUCGAAUAAUAUUAUUUUAUCUCGGGAUCGUGUUGAGAAUUUGUUGUGUUGGUUUUUCCCUUACAUUUAUUGGUUUCAAAAUUAUUAUACGUGUGAAAAUAUUAUAAUCCUUGAUACUGGACUUA